AAGACAAGACCUUGGGUAGUGUGGGUGGGUGUGUGUGUGUCCAUGUGCGAGUUGGUGGUGAUGCCCUCCUGCGGUGGUACUCGAGUGCUGUUUGGAGUUACACCCGCAGCUGCUGCUCGUGUGAGCCUGUGAUGCGAUAUGACGAAAAAAGCCAAUUGCAAUCUUUCUUAUCGCGGCCAUGCGGCUAUCGUCCUGUCUUUUGAUAGGCCAACAGCAUCCGGUAUCGACAAGACCCCAGCCCCAAGCGUAUUUUGCCGGGGAGAUCAGAUGGAAGGCAUGACCACCGGUAUUGAUAUGGUGGUGUUGACGGUGUUUGUCAGCGCAGCCAAUCUCCACGCCAUGGGAAGCAGCCAGCAAGUGAAAGUGGUGGAGGCGAAGAAGCUCCAUGCCGUUUUGGUGAUAGUGAGGAAGAUGAAUGUGGGAUGCACAGGCGGGGGAGUGGGCGGCCGGGGGCGACCGGCAGAUCCCAGCCACAAGUUCCCCCAAGGACCAGGACUCCUAGCGAGGCGGGGGCGGGGUCCACCAAGUGCGCCAGGGGCAUCACCACAAAAGUUGGCUUUACCCUGCGUUUCCACUUGGUGACGACGGUGUUCCCAUGUUGUCCAUUCUUGUUGUCUCGUCAUGGCCGUGAAGGAGAUGCCAAGUUGUUGCUGACUUGCCCGUACUAAUAGCCAUGUUGUUUUUGAGCUUCCGAUCUGCUACUGUGUCAUGUCUUUGCAGCGCUCUCUUUCUGAGGGGGAUGGCUUGUGACUCCGGUUUCGGAACACCCGUGGCGCUUUGUGUCUUGGGAGUGGUCUCGGCUGGAAGCUUGAAAAAGUACGUAUCUUCUGGGCUGAGUGUCGUGUGUCAGGUGUGUGGGGUCGCUGAUUACCGGCCG